GUACAAUCGGGAGGAGGAAAUGGCGUGCUCCGCCACUCUACCCUGUCUUCCAUGCUCGUUUCCGAGACCUUGUACUCGCCAGAAUCUCUCUGUUUUUCAUCAAAGAUAUGAUUCUUUCAAGCACCAAAGAGAUUUGAUUCGGAGACGGCUUGUGGUGCCUGUAUUUUGCUUGUCCAAUGGAACUAAUCAGGAUACUGAGCCGGAAGCUGAGUCAACGUCCUCAGCGUCGUCUUCUCCAUCAAUUUUGAGUAAUUUGACGGAUAAUUUAUGUGCUGCUUUGGGCGGGAUUGGAUUCGUUGAAACUGCGUAUUUGAGUUACGUCAAGCUCACUGAUUCAGCUGCCUUUUGCCCAAUUGGUGGUGGAAGCUGCGACAACGUUCUUAACAGUGAUUAUGCUGCUGUUUUUGGUGUACCACUGCCAUUGAUUGGAAUGGUGGCGUAUGGCUUAGUAGGAGCAAUUAGUUUGCAGUUGGCAGCAAAGAAAUUGCCUUUUGGUAUUGAUGAAUCUGAUGGUCGUUUAGUCAUGCUUGGCGCUACUACCUCUAUGGCUACUGCCAGUGCAUACUUUCUAUACAUUCUGAACACAAAAUUUUCAGGAGUGUCAUGCUCAUAUUGCCUAGUAUCCGCUCUGUUGUCAUUCAGCUUGUUCUUUGCCGUUCUGAAGGAUUUUGGAUUGCAAGAGUCUAUGAGACGAUUGGGCUCUCAGAUAUUUAUCGCUAGCGUGGUUUUUAUCACCCUUUCUACCUCAUAUAAUGGUUCCCUACCUAGUUCUCAAAGUGCUGCUGAACUUGACCUUCCAUACUUCGAAACCGAGUUAACAAAUUCAUCGAACGCUCUGUCCAUUUCCCUUGCGAGGCAUCUGCAUUCUAUUGGGGCCAAAAUGUAUGGAGCUUUUUGGUGUUCACAUUGUGUAGAACAGAAAGAGAUGUUUGGACGUGAGGCAGCAAAACUAUUAGACUAUGUAGAAUGUUUCCCCAAUGGGUAUCAUAAAGGCACUAAGAUAGAGAAAGCUUGUUCAGAAGUUGGAAUUGAAGGCUUCCCGACAUGGGUGAUUAACGGGCAGGUUUUGAGUGGGGAGAAAGAUCUGUCAGAGCUCGCAGAAAUUUCAGGAUUUAAGCCUGAUGGGAUAAGUUAGAUCAUCCUUUCACAUUUUCAUCUGUUUAUAUCAGUUCAAUAGCCAUUUAUAGAUUGUAGAUAUCUAUCUCAUCACUUCAUGACAUGAUUAUUAUACCCAGCAAAGUUGCUUCUCUUGCAGUAUAAAUUAAGCCACCCCUAUCACUCAUGAAGGAAAUAGGUAAUCAGAGGUUUGCUAUUGUUCUUCUUCAUGUAGAUACUUACAGGCUAUAGUAAUGGAAAUAUGACCAGUUUCAAUGUGA